AUGGAGUUAGACUCCAUCAAAUUGCAGCUGCGGGAACUGCAGCAGUGCUACGACGAUGAUACAAAAAGCGAUGAUGACAUUAUCUACCUGGUGUAUAACUGGGUGAAAAGUGCCCAUGUUGUGGCCCAGCUACUAUUGUUGGAGGGCCGUUUUCCCGAGUUGCGCCGCUGCCUUGAUCUCUGUCAAAAUGUUCUACAGGAGGAACAUGUCGGGGCGAGCAGUGGAAAGCUCGGUGGUAGUGGUAGUCACAGGAAAGUUAUUUCGCGCGCUGUUGGGGAGGAUCGUUCGCUGAUGGACGCCCUCCAUGUGCGCACUUUACAGCUGCAGAAGCAGUGCGAGGAGGCCCGCAUGAAGUUCAAGGGUCGGGAUACGCAGUACUACAUGAACAAACUGCUUCGCGCCGGCGUUGAGGAGGGGGCACGUGGCGGCACACGUAACACCGCCGUGGGUGGGGAGCGGCGGCCACCCACGCCACCGGAGCGCGGGAUCUCGUUUGGCCGACUCACGCGGUGCAAUCGAUGGAAAGUGCCACCCGUUCUACCGCCACUUGUGACAGAAACGAAGCCAUUUUUUUGUGGCCGCACGAGCGUGGGCGUCGAUGGCUUCUCAGACGUCCCCUCAAGGCGCUGGGGGAGCUCGCCACACGUGACGUACUCUUCAGUGCCACUAGAAAGUGGCGUGAGACUCGGCGAUGCCUUGUCGCAAGCAGCCGUGUUGUCAGCGGAGGAAGACCGGCCUGUGGAUCUCACACGCGGCGGCGAGUCCGCGUCGAGCACAGGUGUUCCACAGCACUUGCUGUUGGAAACCUUGGACGUCGCAGCGAGCAACGCACCGCUGCCUGAAAAAGCGGUGUGGCAGUACAAAGCAUUCGUGCACGGAAAACACGUACGACCGCUGUCGGCAGGAGUGAACACUGCACCGCAGCUCUCUGGAGAGGUGGAGCCCCGCUCUAGGGGGAGUGUGGACUCGCGCGUCGUGAGGACAGCCAUUGCAAUCAAGACUGCAACGGAGGCGCAGCAGCGUUCCAUGGCCGCGAUGCAGGCGAUGACGGGGCCCUCACCCCUCUUCCUUCAACAAGACGAGCAACAACCACAACGUGAGGGGCCGGAACAACUCUCUGCACCUCGAACCGAUAGCAGACUGGGGAACGGGAAGAGAGGAGCAGGUAAAGGGGAGGAUAGAGAUGCAUUCUCAGGGGUUUGGCGUCUUGGAACAUCGUCUCAGAGUUCCUUCUCCAUUCGCAGCACAAGGGGCAAGGAUACGUUGUUGCCGAAGCGACUUCAACGCCUCAAUUCCCCGAUCCUGUCCCUGUCCAAAACACUUGAGCACUCUAAUCACCAGAGUUGUGAGAUGAAUAACACCUUGGGGACCAUGGAUUUGUUACAGAGCCGUUCCGCCGAGGUCGUGGAGGCGGGGUCCAGUGCGUUGACGUGCCACAUCAGGAAGGAGUCUUUAAAGGCAAGUGAUUUCUACCCGUGCCUUUCGCUGGACGCAAAAGCGAAGGUGGAAGAUAUAUACAACCACUACAAGGAAAAACGUAGUGAACUUCGACUCUCUAUGCGUGCCAUACGUCGUAAGGUGGGAAAGCAACGUGACCUCUUUAAACCCCACGAGCAGGUUGUGCUUCUGGAGGAUCCUGCUGUGUGGAAGGCGCGACGACGCCACCCCGCUGUGGUGUUGGAUAGCUUUGUAACAGCUGGCCCCUCCAUCCCCGAGGUCUGCCGGCUUUCGGCUACCAACACGCUAGACUCCAGAAGCUUUCUAAGUGUCAGUGGUGCCGUCAGAAGCGAUUGCUUGUCAUUAGCCGCGGCUAGCGCAAAUGCGACUUCGUUGGGGAAAACAGAUACCUCUGAUGAUGUUGCUUUUUCAACGGAAUGUGCCUUACAACCAACUGAGUUAGAACACAACACUUCACACCUAUCUGAGUCGGGAUUGGCAUCCCGUGGGCAUCAUGGGACAAGUUUGGUCAUAGGCGAAGGUAGGGAUGGAGACAAAAUGUUUUCCCCUGGCGUUGGAAAACCAACAUUCAGUAGCUCGUCGUCCAUUACCCGCACGGCGCCACGCUACAUUGAUGUGAUGCCUUCAAUGCUAGAAUUGCGGCUUGCACGGCUGAACUCAUCAACGUGCGUGGCGUUUCCCAUUGUACACGCGAUGGUGACGCGUCGAACCGCGGCACGUGUGGAACAGGAGAAGAACCUAAAGCAAUUUGGCAGUGUCACAUUACCUUCACACAUCUCGGUGUUUUUGCCGGGAUCUUCUCACCCAUUAACUGAGGGUGGUGUGGGCCGUCAGAACAUGUCCAGCACUGCGUUGCAGCCUUUGUCACUCACACCCGAAACACAGUUUGUUGUUGUAGGGCAAAAAGAGAAGGGCGGGACGAGGGUUUCGGACGCGCAUGCAGGCCAGGAAGGUGGGAGGGAUCAUGCAGUGGCGAUGCCUCUCUCCUUGGAGGAGAUUCGUCGCUGCUCCGAUUUGGUGCUCAUGGAUGCUGCAGCGCUUGAAAUGAGCCUUCCAUUUCAUCUGGCAACUGUUCGGCUGCAGUGUGCAUGCCGGCGGUUUUUGGCCAAACGUGAGCGCAGUCGUCGGUCCGCCGCCGUGGAAGAGUAUUUGAAUAGCAUGGUUCUGCGUGGAAAGAGUGCCAUUAUCAUUCAACGAAACGUCCGUUGCUGGUUAGUACGUCGGAAGAUGUCAACAGUGGCGAUGCGCCUUGGAUACAAGGUGGAUCAACAGGUUGCAAAUGACGACAUUUACUCGGAGGAUACGGGCCCCGAUGACACGGGAAAUGGGUUUGGUGUGGCGCCUCUUGGGUGGAGAACGACAUCAGCUGAGAUGCCCUUAACGACGACGGUUGGGAGUAGUCUGUCCUCUUUACCACUGGAGAGUUUGCAGGAAUCACCAGAUUAUCAGCGUCAGAUGCAAAUUAGCCUCUCCCCGGUGGCGUCAGGCGCGUUCAAACUCUACAAUAUUCCUAGUACAAUACGUUUUAAACAGCCCCCGACGCGCACUGCGCGGCUUCGACGGAUUCAGGAAAACAUUGCAUGCAGGGUGAUUGUGCGGGUCUUUCGGAAUCACCUGAACAGGGCGAUUAAAUACUGGGAAGAGGAAACACGCACCUACAUAAGUUACGCGACCGGUAGGUUGAAGUUUAUGGAGGCGUUUGGUGUUCCAUGGGCUCACUCACAACAGUGUGUUGACGGUGCAGGUCGCAUCGGAAGCACCACUGAGAAACCGAUGGCCUUCGACCUCUCACAAAGUAUGUCAUUUUGCUCGAGUGUCUUUCCUCUUUCACCGGAGCGCGUGUCGGGCGAUGUUGUUGCCGCUUGGGAGGCUCGUAUGGCAGAGGCUCGACGUUGGGGCGAAUUUAUGACACCGCUGGAGCAGGUGAAGCUCUCCGAGCUACUGCGAGUGCUGCGGAAACGCCAAGAGGCAGAGGCGGUGCAGCGCCGUGAGCAGGAGGAGUUAUGGCUGCAAGAAAAGGAGGAGAUUCAGCAGCGGCAAAGGGUGAAGGUGAAUGCCGUGUUACUGAUUCAACGUUGCGCGCGGGGGUGCCGGUUUCGGCAGUGGUUUGCCAAAAAACUACAAAUGGUGCGAGAGGGGCAGUUGAUCCAUCACCGUCGAGCUGAGCUGCUUGACGGCAACAAAGUUGGGUUGGCCAACCCCCACAUUGCCAACGUCGCGAGCAGUUUGUUGCUGUCCUUCUCAGCCAUGGGUGGUAAAUCCAUUCCUUCAGAGGCGCAGCCAGUUCCACCCGAGGUGGCCGCGGUGAUUAUGAAGGGUAUUUACCGUCGCCAUCCAAUGCGGUUCGGCGUCGACGAGGGGACACGCCGUAAGCAAUUACUAGGGGUGGUUACGGUGCAAUGCUUUUUGCGAUUUCGUGCCAGUCAAGAUUGUGUGAUUGACCGCUACAUUGAACUUUGCGCCAUCGUGAUUCAGCGACAAUGGCGACUUGUUCUCAAACGACGCAAGGUUUUGAAGAAAGCCAAGCGAAAACGUGUGGUCAACACCCUCCAGGCUAUGGGAGCCUGA